AUGGAGACCGCCGGCAUCCGUGCGGCAACCUCGGUGGUGGGCAAGGCACUGAGCCCAUUGUCCGGCGGCGUGCUGGAGGCAUGGGCAUCCAGCACCAAGCUCGGAACUAACAUCGAGGGCCUAAAGCUGGAACUGUUAGAAGCGCAAGGGAUGCUGCACAAAGUCCGUGGCAGGGAGAUCCACAAUCCAGCCCUGGCCGAGCUGCUGGACAUGCUGCGGCAAUUGGCGUACAGGGCUGAUGACGCGCUAGACGAGAUCGACUACUUCCGCAUCCAAGAUGAGCUCGACGGUACCUACCAUGCCGCUGACGCGCAUGCUGCUGGCUGCGUUCAAGAUCUCACCCUCAACGCUCGCCACACGGUCAGAGCUUGUGUGAACAAACUCAAGUUUCCUAUGUGCUCGCGUGCUGCCAGGCAUGGCGAUCUUGAUGAGCAAAAUGAUGGCAGCAAAAAAGGAUGCCUCUCGGUGCUCCGUUUUUGUGGUGGCCGUCGUGAGAUUGGAUCCUCAUCACAGUCAGCCACGGCCAACCAGCUACAUGUCGAGGAGGUUCAAGGCGGAUGCAUGUCUAAGGCGGCCAACAAUGUCGGUAAACACUUCUCUUGUUUUUCCUCGUUAAGGCCUGUUGACUGUGAUACCCAAUCUGGCGUGGUGGAAAGUUGCCCCUUGCAAACACCAAAACUUAAGUUUGAUAGGUUUUCCGUCAAAAUGUCUAAAUGGAUAUUGGACAUCAUAGAUCAGUUGAAGCCCGUAUGUGCUAAGGUCUCCAAUAUUCUUAGUCUAGAGCUACAGGACUCUAGAUACAACCCGGCCCAAGACAUUGCUAUGAACAGACCCAAAACCAAUCCACAAAUUAUAGAGCCUAAGUUACACGGUAGGGAUAGCCACAAAAAGAUUGUCGUGGAUGAAAUUGUUAAUUGUGAAUGUUGCGAACUUACUGUGCUUCCAAUUGUUGGCCCUGGGGGUAUUGGAAAGACAACGUUUGUGCAGCACAUAUAUGAGCAAAUGAAGGGCCAUUUUGAGGUUCCCAUUUGGAUAUGUGUCUCUCUAGAUUUUAAUGCAAAUAGGCUCGUAAAAGAUAUUGUGAAAAUGGUCCCCAAAGUUAUCAAUGAAAACGAAAAUUGCAGCGACGAAGAGCUUAUUGAGCAAAGAUUAAAAGGGAAAAGGGUUUUACUUGUCUUAGAUGAUGUGUGGAAACAUCACGAGAAUGAGUGGAAAAAACUAUUAGCUCUAUUUAAAAAAGAGGGGGCAAAAGGUAACAUGGUUAUAGUUACGACUAGAAUACCUGAGGUAGCAAACACAAUUAAGACAAGUAAAUGCUCACUACAACUCGAGCGUCUAAGUCAUGUAGAUAUUAUGUCUUUUUUCAAAGAAUGUGUAUUCGAUGACCAAGACCCAUGGGUUAACCAUCCAGAAUUAACUGAUUUUGGGAGUAAAAUAGUGGACAAAUUGAAGGGCUCACCUCUUGCAGCGAGAACUGUUGGUAGAUUACUAAGAAACAACCUUACACCGAACCAUUGGAGAAGCGUUCUGGAAAGUAAAGAAUGGGAAUCACAAACGGACGAAUAUGAUAUCAUGCCAGCUCUAAAGCUUAGCUAUGACUACCUUCCUUUCCAUUUGCAACGAUGUUUUUCUUUUUGCUCUUUGUUUCGUGAAGAUUAUGAAUUUGGUAGUGAAGAGUUGGUUCACUUGUGGAUUGGACUAGAUAUUUUACAUUCAUCUGAUCCAAAGAAAAAAAGAAUUGAAGAUGUUGGACUUUGCUUUUUAACUGAAUUAGUUAAUUAUGGAUUUUUUAAAACAAAUAAAAAAGAGGACGGAAGCCCUUAUUAUGUUAUCCAUGACCUACUACACAAUUUAGCAGUCAAGGUUUCAUCGUAUGAGUGUAUUAGCAUAAAUAGCUCUAACGUGAAGCACAUACAAAUACACCCCACGGUACGUUACUUGUCUAUCACCGUGGAUAACACAGACAUUGAGAAUAAACUGUCUUUUGAAGAUUAUAAUCAGAAUUUGAGUGCACUAGGGAAGAGAUUGAAGGUUGAGAACCUACACACGUUAAUGUUGUUUGGAGAUUACCAUGUAAGCUUUGCCAAAACUUUUGGUGAUUUGUUUAGGGAGGCGAACGCCAUUCGCGUCAUUUUCUUGUCUGGAGCGUCAUACGAUGUGGAUGAUAUAUUCCACAACUUUGCAAAACUUGUCCAUCUUCGCUACCUAAGGAUCAAGCCAUUGUCUCGCUCGAUUUUGUCCUUACCAAGUGUGUUAUUCAGAAUGUAUCAUUUAGAAGUCCUUGAUCUAAGCAACGUGGAUCAUUGUGUUAUUUCAACUAGACAUAUGAGCAACCUUAUAAAAAUGCGUCACUUUCUUGUGCAAGAAGAGCAGUUUAACAUUCAUUCCAAUAUUUGUAGGGUGGGAAAACUAAAAUUCUUUCAGGAAUUAAGGGAAUUUAGGGUGAGAAAGGAGAGUGAGGGUUUUGAACCGAGUCAGCUUGGGCAAUUGACAGAGCUUGGGGGAUCACUUGGCAUUUAUAAUCUUGAAAAGGUGAAAACAAAAGAAGAAGCAAAUGAAUUAAAACUGAUACAUAAAAAACACUUAAGAAAACUCAUAUUUGAAUGGGAUCCUGAGCGUUCUAACAUGAAUCCUUUACAAGAAGAAAAUAUUCUUGAAAGUAUUGUACCCCAUAGCAGUCUUCAAGAACUACACAUUAAAGGGCAUGGGGGAACUAAUUGCCCAUCCUGGCUAUGUGAUAAUCUCUCAGUUAAAUGUUUGGAAACUCUUUGUCUGGAUGGUGUAUCCUGGAAUAAUUUUCCGCCUCUAGGAGAGAUGUGGAUGGUUAAUGAGCUUGGUGAAGAGUACCAGUGCUGUAGUAUCUCACCUUCAACCUUUUAUAAUUUGAAAAGGCUGCAAUUAAGUAACAUAUCUAAUUUAACAAAAUGGGAUCAAGCCCGCCCCGACGGGUCGUCUCUGCGCGCGGGGGAGAGGGAGGCCGCCGCCGCCAGCACCGCCCGGGGCUUUGCCUGGCGGCAGCAGCGAGGAGACACAUGCGAGUUUGAAAUGUUGAUCGACGUCGACUUGAUCGACGUGGACAUCUGCAUGGGAGUCGCCAGGCCAUGCAUACCAGGCCUGGGAAGGUCCGAGCCACACACCAGCGCAGUUGGGCCGCAUGGUGUGGCCGGCAAUGGCCUACUGGGCAUCACCACCGUGUUAAUCUCCCAUGUGGCAGCAGGACUGCUCGUCGCUGCAGCUGGGCCACUUGGCCUGGGUGGAGUGGCAGCGGCUUCCAUCUCCGCACGGCCGGCCCCUGCAUGCCUCGGGGCGUGGGUGCCAUGUACGUCGGCGAUCGGCUACCUCGCUGUUCACCGCCAGUAG